UGAUUUCUGUGCGCUAUGAAAACUCCGUGCUUUGAGUGGGUAGUCGGGGUGGCAUUCACUUGGCUGCUUGUAGGUCAGACUCUUGCAGAUAUUUACAUCGAUUUCAACGUUAUGAACAACGAUAUUAGUGGUCCUGAUGAAAGCAAAGUACGAAACACCAAGAAUAGGGGUACGAAAUAUGGGUACAAAGAACCCCCUUACAAAUCUGGCAAUUCCAAGAGAGGUUACUACCGCAAGCAAGGCAGCAAAUCCCCUGCAAAGAUGAUUAAAGCAGAGCCUACGACGACUACAACAACCACAGAGCCAACGACGACUACAACAACCACGGAGCCGCCGACUACAACAACAACGACAGAAGCACCGACAACUGUGGCAGUGGUUCCAACUACCCCGGCUUUCUCAUCUAACUUUAUCAAAAACGUCGAAAUCCAUAACUCCGCUAUGGUCCAGAGCAGCAGUUCCGAUUCGCUCAGCGUCAACGUGAAGAAAGUGUUUGUCACAGUCAUCUACGAGUGCCUCUGCCCUCACAGUCAAGAAUUCAUCAAAAGCCAGCUGCUUCCGACGUACAAGAAGCUCCAAGACCGUCUUCACGUCACCUUGUUGCCAUUCGGAAAGGCCAGGCUGAACCAGAACGGAACUACCACCAACGGGGCCACCACAAACGGAGUUAUCUGCGAGCAUGGGGACGCCGAAUGCGAAGGCAACAAAAUCCAGACGUGCGUGGCACAGGUGGCCAAGGAGACCCUGCAAGCCAUCGAGGUCGUAGCCUGCAUGUCCAACUACAAAGUCCCCAACAGUGCUGCCAAAAAAUGCGUGAAGGCAAGCGGUGUAAGCUGGACCAUGGUACACGAAUGCGUCACAAAGAACGGAAAUCACUACGUGCUCCAGGUUGCCCAGGAGACGUGGAAGCUGCAGAAGAACGUCACCAGGGUUCCGCUGAUUGCGGUCAAUGGAGAAGUAAGCAGCUACAUCCAAGAAGAGUCGCAGACCAGCUUCAUGAGUUUGACGUGUCAGAAGAUCGGCGGCGAAGGCACUGAUCAAGAGCCCGAACCCUGUGCAGAGGAACGCCGAAGACGUCGUCGUCGUUAG